AUGGAUUCAUCAAUAGAAUAUCUCACCGAUCUUGAAGGAACACAGGUCACGUUUGAUGCCGUUGCAAAACCACCGUUCAACUUCCCUUCCCAGACAUGGAUAACACUUGAGAAGCUCGACGAAGAGUCGAAUCGCCUGACAAAAGAAGACGUCGCCGCAGAGCUCGGACCCUCAGAUACCGCCGGGAAGUUUUUAUGCCGACCUGCUAGCGAGGAAGACGACAACAGGCGCGCAUUUUUGCGCAUCUACCAACAAGUUCCUAUAGCUGGAACCGAAACAAGAAAGGCUACCAUACGGGCCAGCCAGGCUGUCGACACCCCUCCUAACCACCCAGAACUGAUCGCUUUCAAGAAAUUCACAAAACUGAACUGUGAUGUUGUUCCUCCGCUUCUGGGCUAUCAGCAGCGCCAGCAAGACCACGACGAGGGUGUUCAUGGGGGAUAUAUCAUGUAUAUUCUAUGGGAAAAAGUCCCCGGCGAGUCUCUUGAUUUUUCCGAAUUCUGGAGGCUUCCCUUUGCCGAUCGCCAGGCCAUCCGCAAUAAGUUUCGCCAAAUCUAUACAAGGUUCUUGCUGUGCGGGUAUAUGCCAUGUAUGGCUGGUCCCACGAAGAUUAUCUAUGAUAAGUCUAGUAGUCAGAUGCAAAUCUGCGGAUUCAAAAUCGCAUCUCCGUUUGAUGAACCUCAACAGUGGGGUGAUGUUAACUACUUCCAAUCCGGGUUCAUCCAACCCCCUGAUAGCCGAUUCAACUGGGAAGUAACACCACCCGAAACGGCGGAUUGGAUGAAAGAUGCCAACGGCUGGACAUUGUGA